AUGACCAACUCCGAGGUCUCCGACUUAAAGGAACCACGGAGGAAGCCAUGUGCAAUGAAAUUGAUCGAGUUGAUUGCUCGCCAUUUACCGACGAGGUGGAACAAGCUCCACCGCCGAAGCGGUUUACAACGCCAUCCAUCACUCCAUUCAAAAUCUAUCACUCCAUUCAAGGGGGACUCUGACCCUGAGAGCCAUUUGAGGCACUUCAAGAGCGCCAUGAUCCUGUACAAGGCAGACGACGCCCUAAUGUGUAAAGUGUUCGUGAUGACUCUGCGAGGAGCAGCUCAAGAUUGGUUCUACAUUUUACCGUCCGUGUCGAUAGGCAACUUCAAGGAGUACGCCCUCAUUUUUGCAAAGGAGUACACCUCCUACAAGACAGUCAGAACGCAUGCGGACCACCCGUUCAACCUGCGCAAGAAGCCAGACGAGUCUCUUCGAGACUACCUGAGACGGUUUAAGGCUGAGAAGGCUAACAUCAUAGGAUGUAACUAUCAAAUUGCAUCUUCAGCUUUCAAGAAGGGCUUGCCAAUUGAGCACGAGCUAUACCGAGAGCUGGCCAUAACUCCAAGCCAAACCUUGGCAUAA